GUCCGUGCAGCUCUACUAAUUAGUUUACUAAGGCUCAGUGUGACAUUUCCAUCGGUACAGUAAGUUGUUCAGAAGCGAUUGCUCAGACGUAAACUUUCGAUCGUUUACUUUUGUGAUACCUGUGUUUUGUGAUACUUCCGAACCGCCGCAGCUAUGGAUGAUAUUCAACUUAGCAAGGACCAAAUUGCACAGCUUAAAAUGGGAUUCGACGCGUUCGACGCCGACAAAAAAGGCUCCAUCACCACCGACACGAUCGGUACCAUCCUCGGAAUGAUGGGUAUGAGAAUUCCAUCCGAUCAAUUGUUAAGCAUAAUCGCUGAAUACGACCCGUUCAAUUCCGGUGAAAUAAACUUCGAAGAGUUCUGCAGCCUGGCCUCCAGAUUCAUGGAGGAGGACACCGACACCGAGGCGAUGCAACAAGAGCUUCGUGAAGCGUUCCGCCUGUACGACAAAGAAGGAAACGGUUAUAUCACCACCGACGUGUUCAGAGAUAUUCUUCACGAACUGGACGAUGCACUGUCGCCUGAAGAAUUAGACAUGAUCAUCGAUGAAGUGGACGCUGAUGGUUCGGGCACGGUAGAUUUCGAGGAAUUCAUGGAGGUCAUGACAGGCUAAAUUAUCACCUUGGCACAAGGCGGUCGUUCCUCGUGUCAGCCGCCACGCAGACGACGAUACCGCCUGUCCUACACACGUGGAGGCUGCGAUUUACCAAGAGAUGUAUGCACCGUUUGGCAAAGUAUGAAGUUAAAGGUUCGUAGGUGAUGUCUGUUAGGUAGACGGCUGCAACGUGGAUAUAGCUGAGAAAGUAUUUCUGCCGUGUCCGUCGUUUUUGGACCCACAAUCGGCUAAAAUGUAUUUCUAUCUAUGCCGGAAUUAAACGGGAGGCUCCACGGGUGCUUCCCUGGUGAAACAUGGUUUCGAGAAACUGAUUUAUAUCGAUGGAUAUAAAUCGACGUUUCUCAGUGGGUGGAAAUGUUUGUUAUCGUUCCAGCGUUGCUCGAGAAACAGAGAGAGAAAGGAUUAGAAGAUCGUGUUGAUAUCGGUGAUUUGAAAACUUCACUCUUUGCCAGCGAGAUAUACGAUCCUGCGUAACUAUCAUAAUAUAUUCAUAAGCUGUUAUAUUAUAAUACUGUAUUCAUUAAGUUUCAAGUUUCGAGCAACUGCGUAAGAGUAAAAGAGCAAUAA